AUGGAUGGAGCCUUUGGCGCCGCUGACGUGGAGCGCAACCGCCGGGUGUCGUCCGACCGUGUGGUCGUCGAGAACUUCUUCGACCGCGUGUGCUCCUUGUGGAAGGUGUCCUACGCCACGUUCACAUGGGGUGAGAAGAUCUAUGGAGUCAUUCAACGCACAACAUUUGCGAAAGCGGGCCGAGUCUCAGCGCCGCUAUCGCAUGAAUCGCCAGAAUCGUAUUGCCAUGGACCGAUCUGUUCGCUACAUGCAUCGUUCGAAAUCGAGGUGCUUCUUAAGAAGCGGCGCACCAGCAAGUUUCGCCAGCGGUUGCGUCUACUUCGGCUACUGGCAUGCGUUGUUGAGCGACCCAUCAUCCCUAAUGUACGCUUUGCCCUGCAAACUAUCACUGACGCUGACUCCCGAUUGAAGUUCCGAUUUGACGUCGCUGGCGUCCAACGCCUUGUGGUCGCCCUAAGAAUGCCCGAAGUUGUUGUGAUAUCGUCCCGCGAUCGCUGUCUUGCUUCGGAAGCUCUAUGUAUCACGCUCUACCGCAUGUCCUACCCUCGCCGCUACUACGACAUGAUGGCGACGUUUGGCCGGUCACGAGAGUCUAUUUGUCGUAUCUUUAACGACGUAAUAGACUUCUUGUUUGACAAGUGGAAAGAACUGCUGUACUUUUGCGACUGA